UCAUCAUCACCAUCAUCAUCAUCCCAUCAUCACCACGGUUAUUACUACUAGAAAGGAGGGAACCAUGCCAGCCUCACCAGCCGACUUUGGAGCCUUCUUAGUGGACCGUAGCGUGCAGGGCCUGGGUCUGGGCCCCCCCGGCUACCAGCUUCCGGUUUUGGGGGUCCAGCAGCAGCUGGCGGCCAUGGCGGCCGGCGUCCCCGUCUCUUACUCGGGACUACACGGAUACAACCUGAUCCACUUGGCGGCCCCCCCCCACCACCAGCGACACGUCACACACAUGGGCAACGCCUUCGACCUGAAGACCACAGCCGCCUCCCCCUACCACCAUGCCCUUCUGGCCCGCGGCGGCCCCUUCUUCUCGCCAUACCGGCCCGGACCGGUGGAGGAGCCCGGGCGCGGAGGGGCCAAGGUGGCCACCCGUGAGAGCACGGGGGCGCUGAAGGCGUGGCUGAGCGAGCACCUGAAGAACCCGUACCCCACCAAGGGCGAGAAGGUCAUGCUGGCCAUCAUCACCAAGAUGAGCCUGACGCAGGUCUCCACCUGGUUCGCCAACGCCCGCCGCCGCCUCAAGAAGGAGAACCGGGUCAGCUGGGCCUCGUCCAGGUCCAAAUCUGACGAGGAGGACGAGGAGCAGGAGAGCGAUGAGGAGGAGGAGGAGGAGGAGGAGGAAGAGCCUCUGAGGAGAUGUGGUGACGAGGAGCAGCAGCCUGAGGUCAGAACACAGGAGAAAACCUCGGAGGUGACGGAGCCCCAGCCGGCGGCGUCCCCUCUGGACGGCAAAGACACACCCAAGCCCAAAAUCUGGUCGCUGGCUGAGACCGCCACGUCAGCGCCGGUGAAGACGGAGCGCACGUACCAGACCGCCGGGAGGGUGUGGGCAGAGUGGGCCUCCAGGGGCGCCCUGCUGGUCCCCGCCCCAUACGCCCAAAUCCACUGAGGACCCAGAAGGACGAUGUCCAACGUCGUCCAACGAAAGCAUCCGUGCACUUUAAGCUCUCAGACUGAACGCAUUCUACCCCAAAAAUAAGAAAACAAAUAAACACCAAAGAUCUUUCUAAGUGUAAAUAAAUGUACAUUAUUUUUAAUAAGCCUGUAAAUUAUCUCGCCAUCUGUACAAAAUGUUUUACUUUAAUAAAAAUGAA